CGCUCAGCUGUGCAUCACAUGUCGGCCGCCGCGAGAGACUCUGUCGCGUUCUCGAACACUACCAGCGCGCACGUACAACCUCGGACCGGUCAGGCCGCCGUCUACCACUUGCGUUUCCGUCUAUUGUCGGCGUGCGUCCCGCAAUUCUGUAUUAUGCUGUCAGCCGCGUGCACGUCAACGCAUCGCCACGAAUCGAUCACGAAGUGCCUCGAAUAUGCGGACGGCGUGACAAAUCCGGGCGACAGCGCACGCCGCUUUGUUGAUACGCUGAGUUCUGUGUUCAGGCCGCGGAGGCCGCCGCGUCCAUCCAGCGUCUGAGCCGGUGGCUCGCGCUUCGUAGACGAAGACGGCGAUUGAGAGCCCCGAGUGAAUUUGAGCCGCCCACCGGCUGUCGUCUACGCCGGGCGGCAGGUACCUACACACACACAACAGUGCGUACGAAAAAACCACGGAGAGUACGAUGACCUAAGGGGGCGGGUAGUGCGACAGCAGGUAGCGCGCAGUAGAGAACCGAAGGGAGGCAGUGCGCUCUCUCUCCCUCAGCGUGAGGCCGUCUCAGUGCCGUUCGUUGUUUUUUUUUUCGCCAGUGCGUGUGCCAAGUGAGAGUGAAGGAGCGAACGGUUUCGAGAGAAGAUCGCUGCGCGCAUGUGUGCGUUAUCGCGCUGCGAGUUUCGAACUUUCCUGCAGCACAACGUGCCGCGACUCCGUAGAUCGCGCGCGCGGAUCCUCUCUCUCUCUUUCUCGGCUCUCUGCGAGAAGAACAUUUUGUCGACGUACGGACAAAGUGUGCGCGUCGCGGCCGCGCGAAGAAGAGCUGCGUGAAUGAACGGAGGUGUGGUGCAUCGUGCGAGUGGUCCGCGUCCGAGUGCGUCGCAGCACGACGACGCCGGCUUCAGGCGUCGCGAGAAGACUGUCGCCGGCGAGACGGUGCGAGUGAUCGUCGGCCCGGCGGAGAGGAGGAUAGCAGCGGCAGCGAUAGGAUCGGCUAACGAUCCGCGCUGCGCGUCGCCGAGCGAGAUAUCGUCGCGUCCCCGGCGGAAGCUGCGAAUAAUGUCGACGGGCAAGAGGCUGGCGAAGCGCAGCAUCAUCGGCACCAGGGUGUGCGCGCCCGGCGACGACGGCAAGUACUACUGCGGCGUGAUCCACGCCGUCAAGACGCCGCAGCCGGCCGAUUCGGGUCAGAGCGUCACGGCGAAGACGCUCUACUCGGUGCGCUUCGACUCCGUGCCGGGCGGCCAUCCGCCGAGCGCCGAGUACUCGGACCGCGACCUCAUCGGCCCGGGCUUCGGCACCGUCACCAGCACGCGACUCGUGCCCGGUCAGAAGGUCUAUCUCACCUACAACGGCAGGGAGAUACACGCGGAGGUCACGCAGCAUCGCCAACAGCUCGACGAGGUGGACGUGGUCAUUGCCCCGAACGGACAGGAGGGCACGAUGAGCCUAACCAAACGCAUAGAGGAGAUCAGGUUGCUCGAAUCACGUAAGAGUGCCCGGCUGGCCGAUCAGGACACUGAUUUCGCCAGACUCGCCGAUAUGGGCAGCGACCGUAAACGGGCAUCCUCCCACUCUAUCGACGUGCCACACGUGAUGGGGUCCAGGAAACGACGGCCGAGCACGUACAAUGAUUCCGAACGGGCGAGCAGCGGUUGGAGCGAGAGGAUGAUGAGACGCUUUCGCGACAAUGAUUUUAUGGACGACUGCACUGCCGCCCUGGUCCUUAUGUCGCUCUCGGGCUCGCCUCAGAGUCCUGAAAACCUGCCACCUCACUGCCACCAAUUGUACGAAUACGGUUCAUGGGGAAGCAGCAUGAUCGCCGGUUCGCCGGGGGUCGGCGGCAUGUCAAACAGCAGCAGCAGCAGCGGCGCUUCCUGGCGAAGCGGCACCCCCAGCCCGCCCCUCUUCGAGGAGGGUGUACCGUCGAGGAACUCACCGUGCCCGGCGACGGCGCAUCCCUCGCACAAUCAGCCGCACUACGCGUACAACGCGUCCGGCACACCGGGCAGCACCCCCGGCGGCACUCCGAUCAUAACGCUGGACGAGGGAAUAGUGCCCGAUUACAUCGAGGAGCAGCACCCACGUAAGAAGAUCCGAGCGAAAGUCAGGCAGCAGGACCCGAUCGAGAACGGGCCGAGUGGCGCUUGGGACAGCGAACAGGCGAACCCGGCAGUGGUCUACAAGUGCACUUGGCCGGGCUGUCUGGAAAUCAAAGCGACGGUACCGCUUAUCGAGGAACAUGUGCGCCAGUCACAUCUGGGCCCGAAGAAGUUCGAGGGGCCGGACAGUGAGAAGGAUUACAUGCGUGUCCCCGAAGAGGAGUUCUACUACCAAGAGGUCGGCGUGGAUCACAUGAGCUCACCGCCCACAAUGUCCCAUCGGGACAUGGCGAGACCGCCGCACGAGGAUCCGGAAUAUCAAAAGCAGCUUCGCCUCGAAGCGACUCCUGCCACGAAUAACAGCGUCGACAGCGUGAUGGUCGGUGCCAGAGAGCCGAACAACGCGAUCUCACAGUCGCCGGGUACGCCGGUUAAGCACAUCAAACUGUCCCCACGGCCGUUGCAGGCGUGUCACCAGCAGAACAUGACAGGGUCCACGGGCAAGAUGCCGUCCUCGCCGCGGCGAACCCGCAACGACGUGAAGAAGUGCCGCAAGGUCUACGGGAUGAAUUCGCGCGAACUCUGGUGCACCCAGUGCAGGUGGAAGAAGGCCUGCACCCGUUUCUGCAGCGAAUAGGCCAAACGUCCGCCUCGCUCGUCGCACGUCCGUAGGAGGCAGACGACGACACCCUCGCCACGCCGACCCCAGAGUUCGUCAGUGCUACGUUGAGAUGUCACACCAACUGCCAAAUGCCAAUCGCCGCGCCAGCAACGUCGCAACAAACGGCGCCGCGACGCAGCGGAGGCGCGCGCGAAAUACCGCCGAGAGGUCCCAGCGAGACAGGACUGUCCUUGUACACAUUGUCCACCAUCUCUCUCUCUCUCUCUCUCGUAACUCGUCGUAAGCGAGCGCGCGAGUAAGCGAGAGCGAGCACCUCUUCCUCCCCCCUCUCUCUCUCCCCCGUGUUCCGUGCUCGUGCACAGCGCUGUUACCCAAGCAACUGACGAUCGAGCAGCCACGGAGAGUCCUGGGAAGAAACGUCGGUCCAUCCGACGAUAUCGCGGCCGGCUCCAAGAAGCCGACGUACGCAUUUGUGCAUCGAUGCGACACAAGCUUCCCAGUCUAGAGACAGAGAAGGGAGGGGGACCGAUGGCGGAGGAGGUUGGACGACGGUGGCGGACGACGUGGUCCAUCCGAACGUAUCGACUUCCGCCCGUGGUGCCUGGCGAACUCCGACCCGGGUCCCCUUCAUACCGUAAUACGAGGGGAUCCUUCGAUUAGUAGGUAGCGAUUAAUUGACGCGCGCCCGCGCUCACGGCAGCGAGGCGGACACCGACAUAUAUACACACACACAUACAUACAUAUAUAUAUUAUAUAUAUAUAUAUAUAUAUGCACACGCAUACACAUUAGACUGUUUCGCGCUACGUUCUCCGCAUUCCCGGCGGAAUGCGCGAGACAUCGACGACGACAACAGCCUCGCUCGCGACCCGCCCAAGAUAAGAAGAGAUAACCUUCCGGUUACUUCGGUACGUACCAGAUACGCGCUCGCGCGCAGGACGCGAGCGCAUGCAUGUCCUACGAAGCGCCGGUUCCCGAACCGUCUCUUAGGUCACUGCAACAGGUCUUCCUUCUUUCGGCAAGAGCGCGCGAGCGAGCGAGCGAGCGAGAACGAUUAAACCGGAGAGGCGUUAUUCUCAACGUCGUCGGGGUCCCUCGGGGAUGUGGCGGCGAUCCGGCCGCGAUCCCCGAGGAGCACCGUGCCCGGUCGGGCGAAAGGAAUACCGGCGCGAGCUCGGUCCGACACCGACGAAUACGUUCAUGCCGAGGCACGAACGCAGGCAGCAGGUAGGCAAAAAAAGUCGCGUGGAAAACGGAGCUGUUAAUUGUGAUAUCUAAAUUUAUCGGGACCCCCCGCGCGCGGGUCGAAUAUAAGGAUAAGGCCGAGGUGGAGGAGGUGGUGAUGGCAUGAACAGGUUGGGAGGUAAGAGGAAGCACGGAGGAGGAGCGGAAAGGAAAAAAAGAAAAGGGAGAAAGAGGUACACGGGGGAAAGAAGGAAGAAUAAGGUGAAGGGAAACCAAAAUUUUAUACACCAAUUAUACUGCCAGAUAAAAGUAAUUGAUGAAGAAGGGGGAAAGAAAAAAACAAAUAAUAACAAUAUUGUUGUUCGAGCCUCUCUCGCGCGUAUAAAAGAGGCGUUAUGUUGCACCAUGCGUCGCCGUAUACCGGGCUUAGCCUUGUUAGCCUUCCGACGACCUAAGACCGUGUUCGCCAACAAAGGAGCUGCACGCGUACAUAAGAUAGGCUACGCAGUUGAAUCGAUCGAUUUACUAAGAGAUCCAGCGAAGGUCUCGCUCUAGAUCAUGCAUAUACACACACACACACACACACACAAAAAAGCACACA